AUGAUUGGUAAGUUUAUUUCCCAAACAUAUGACAAAGUAAAAAAUAAUGCUGACAAAGUCAGGUUACAUGUAAGUAUUCAAGCAAUAAAAGCAAAAGAAAUUUUUGGAUCUGUAAAGCCAAAUACUAUUGAUGACCUCGAAGUAUUAUUAAACUUGGAACUUCAACAAAUUGAUUCCGCAGAAGCGCUAGUAGAAACAUAUAAAAAAUGGAUAUACAAUUUAUCUCAAUCUGAGGAAAGUGGCUGUAUAAGAUACUAUAAAAAUAUUAAUAGGAAUAAUGAAAAAAAUAUAUCAAAUGGAAUAAGACAAAAUAUUAAUCGCUCAUUUAAUAGCAAUAGUUCCUUUGAAAUAAAAACAAAUAAAGAUUCAUCUAUAAUACCAUCUAUCGUAAAUUUUGAUUCACUAAAUAGCUACAAAAGCAAUAGUAGCGAACAAAUUAAUACACAUGAUAACAAUAUUAAUACAGUGCAGGUAGAACCCACUUUUUCCGAAAAAAAACAUAGUAUCGAAAAUUCAAGUGUUUCAUCAAAUCCAUUACAUGAUAAUUUUAAUACUACAGCCAGUAUUAGUGAUAUUACAAAUAAUAAAAAUGAUAAUGACAAUAGUAAUAAUAAAACAUUAAACACUUCCCAAGAAGAUAUUUCUUUAAAAAAAAGGGAUUCAUUUGAAGAAAACAGAAAACAAAACCAAAUUAACACAAAACAGCAAUACGAAAACAAAAAUAAUAUUAGAUCAAAUCACUUAAAUUCUGAAACAAUGACUAGCAAUAUAUAUCAUGAUUGUUAUGGAUAUAAUUUCAAAGAAAUUUUUUUAAAAAGUAAUAUAUUGGAAAAAUCUAUUAGUUUAAUAAUAGAAAAAAGAAAAAUACGAUUAUCAUUAGUUGGGCCAAUAGAAAAAGACGAUUUAGAUAAUCCACGUACUACUAUAUUAAAUAUGUUUAAACAUUGCUUAAUAGGAAAUGAAAAAUUGCAUAAAAAUAUUUUAUUCAUUAUAUUAACAACAGAUCAACUGUUUGAUAAUCAUAAAGAAAUAUUUUUAGAACUUUUUAGUAUACUUAAAUAUGAUUAUAAAGAUGUAUACUUAUCUAAUAUAAGAAAAUUAGUAUCAUCUGAAAUUGUUUCACUAAAAAAUAAAAUUCAAUCCUAUGAUAAUGAAUAUUCACUUCCUAAUAAACUAUCGAACAUAAUUAAUAAUACCCCCCAAAUAAGUGCAUCUUAUACUGAUUUAGAUAAAUGUACAAAAUAUUUAUAUUCAACUGAAAGUUUUGAAAGUUUAUCAACUGAACUAGUUUUUGACGAUAAUAAAAAAUCUCAAAGAAUACAAGAAAAUUUACUAAACCAAGAUUCUACAUCUAGCCAAGAAACACAUACAGACAAAGAAAAUUUACAUUCUGCUGCGCAAGCCAAACAAAAAGAUCAAAUAACACAUUCAAUAGACCCAAAACAGACCAACCUAAAUAACAUGGCCGAAGAAAAUAUUGUCCAAAAAGGAAAUCCAGACAAAGAAGAAAGAUAUAUUGACACAAAAUCAGAAAAAUGUGGAUACAAAACAAUAGACUCUUUGACUGAAGAAAGAGAAAUGAUCGAAAUUAAUAAAAUACAACAAAUAAAAAUUUUAGCAUCUUCUAAAUUAUUAGAAUUACACAAAACAAUCGAAAAUAUAUUACUCUUAUCAACUAAAAAUCGAGAAAAACGAAAAGACGAUAUUAAAAUAAAAUUAGAAGAAUUAAAAAAAAUUAUGAAUGUUUGUAAAAAGGAUUGUGAAGUAAUUCUUAACGAAACCGAAGAUUCAAAAUUACAUUUAGAAAAUAUAUAUGUCAAAGAAUUAAAUAUAAGAAAUGAUCAUAUUAAAAAAGCUCAAGAAAAUAUAAAUAAAAUCGAAAAUGAUAUAGAUGAAUUGACAAUAAAAAAAAAUGAACUAUACAAAGAAUAUCAAAUCAUAUGUAAAGAAAUUAAUAUGAAAAAUAAAGAAUUAUCAGAACAAAUGUCAAUAUUAUCUUUAUAUAAAAAAGAAUUAAAUGACACAGAACACAACUAUUUAAAUAAAUUAUCCAAUACUAAUAAAUCAAAGCAUAUGAAUCAAGAAAGAAAAUUGUAUAUAUCUAACUUAGAUAUUAUUUCCGAUGAAAUAUUAAAAGAAUAUGAAACUUCAGAUCAUUUAGAUACAGAAAAUUUAUCCUCAAAAUCAGACAAAAUUAAAAUACCUAUUAUGUAUGUAGUUACAAAGCACCUAAAUUAUUUAAAAGACAAAUUGCUUCUUUUAGAUUUAUUGUUAAAAUUUUAUCUCAAUCAAAUUAACGAACAAUUAAAAAAUAAACAAAACUCAGAUAUAUUAUUUACAGAAAAUAAAAAUGCUAUUCAUAAUGACCAAAAUGCUGAUUGGAAUAAAAAAGAAAGCCUAGAAAAUGAUCAUGUUCAAAAUACCAAUAAUGCCGAAGAAAAUAAGCCGAGGUUUGGUUCUUCUUUACAUUAUGAUGAAUACGAGAGAAAAAAAAAAAUUACCAAAUAUAAAAAUUCUUAUUUUAAAGUUAUUGAACAAAUUAGUAAAAUAUGGAUUACUAUACAAGAAUUUUAUGAUUUAAAUAAAGAACAAAUUGACCAACAACAAGACGAAUUGAAACAAUCUGCUCAUUCUAUUUAUAAACAAAGUGAUGAAAUAUAUAAUUCUAUCAAACUAUAUAUAACGGAAAACAGUUCCCUUAUGUCAUCUAUUUAG